AUGAGCAAGGUUCCCGAUGCCUGGGAGGACGAGUGGUCCAAUGCGGCCGAUGAACCGCCACCUGCUCCUUCGGAACCCAAGAAAGUCUCGUCAAAAGUGACAAAAGCCCAGCGAAGGGCGCAGCAGGCUGAAUUCAAUCGCCGGCUGUGGGCAGAAGCUGAAGGCCCUAGGGAAACCAACUACUUCCUCGAGUCGCGCAACGUCGUUCCGCUGCGGUCCGAGUUCAAACCCCCUCCGAUCCUCCUCUCGAGAAAAGGACCCAUAGUACAAUCACAGUCACCACGACCACCUACUGCCGGUCUUCAAGAUCUGAGCCUGAACAGUGAUAAGAAUAAUUCCGCUGACCGCGAGUCGUCCGAAGACGAAGAAGAGGUCAAGGCCCGCGAACUCUCUGUCGCGGAACGACAGGCCCAAGCCGCCAGGGACCGGGAGGAGAAACAGCGCAAAUAUGAAGAACGGAGACAAGAACUGUUCGGGACCUCUAGUACCAGUACAACACUGUCCACUCACCAGCAAGGCGGCCAUAACAAGUCGGGAACCUCCAGUCCCGGGAGUCUAACUCCGCCAGGUUCAAGAUCCGCGACGCCAAAUCGCAGUCGAGGUGGCAGAGGAGGGCGCCGCGGAGGAGCAAGUACGGCGGGGAACCACAACAUAAACUCACGAAAUCAAUCAAGAGGCGGAUCUCAACAUCGGGAACUAUAUGACCCCUCAUACGCUCCAAAGCCAGAUUCGGCGUACAUUCAGCGACGGGAGCGGGAGAACGGACUCGGAGGGCUCCGCGAUUCCUCUGGGGUAUCUCAGCAGCAGCAGCAGAGUCAAGAACCAAUCCGGGCACCGAGAGGGCCAGACGGGAGUGGCCGAGGCGGCUUUGGUUUUGUGACAAAACCGACGACGACGACGACGACAACAACAACAACAACAACAACGACAACCAUGCCUGUGCAAGCCGAAUUGGCCAAUAUAAGUCCCGGUGCUAUAGCCACAGAGGAUGCCACUCCUUCCGUUUCCGUCGACGAUACGAUGCGGACGCCUUUAUGA